AUGAAGUUCUUCGCUGUCGCCGCCGCCCUCGUCGCCUCGGUCGCUACCGUCAUGGCUGACCCCAUUGACCCCAACUCGGUCGACAAGUGCCUCGUCCAGGGUGUCAUCGACAUCGGUAACGAGAUCGGCUGUCUGAACAAGGACGACCUCAACGGCUCCAUCAAGUGCGGCUGCCAGAAGGACCACCAGGACCUCAUCAACCGUGGCAUUGCCUACCUCAACCAGCACUGCCCGGACAAGGUCAAGCCCGAGACCUUCGACCUCUUCAACCGCCUCUGCGCUGAGGGCAUCUCCGGCAACUCGCUCCCCGACGGUGUUCACUGGCCUUAA